GGAAUCAUAGGGUUGAUGGUCCAAUUGUUCUUCGGUCGUCGAAUUUGGAUCCUCACCAACAGUCUAUGGUCGUUCAUCUGUAUCGCGGCGUUGGCCGUUAUAGAGUGCCUCGCAGCAAUAGCCACCAGCGUGGCCAUGCUCUGCAUGCCCGAUGUCCUGAUCACAUCUCGCAUCCAGUCGGCCGUCAUCGUCUGGCUGAUUGCGGCGACCAUCGACGAUACGCUGAUCACGGUCGUCCUCGUGACAUUCCUGAAGCGGCACAAGACCGGGUCUCCCCCGACGGACGACGUCAUCGACAGGAUCAUUCGACUCGCCAUCCAGACGGGCCUCGUCACGGCUCUGUGGGCCGUCGCAGACUUGGUCUUGUACAUCACCUUUGUCCACAUCAUCUUCAACUACUCCUUGGCGGAGCUGUACACGAUCUCCCUCCUCUCAAGUCUAAACUCCCGG